AUGGAGUUAGCAGAUGAAGCUAAGAAAGUCCUAACUAUAAUAACGGAAAAAGGUUUUCACCAAAUGAAUCGAUUACCUUUUGGUAUCACAACAGCACCCGCCAUUUGGCAAAAUGUUUUGUUGAAUGUAUUGCAGGGAUUGAAUGGCGUACAGGUAUAUCUUGACGAUGAUAUUAUUACGGGCAAAGAUGACCAAGAGCACAUAAAUAAUUUGAAGGGAGUAUUGAGUAGGUUAGAGGAGUAUGGGUUGAAACUGCGACGUGAUAAAUGUGUUUUGAUGCAGAAAUUUGUAGCUUUUCUAUGUCAUGUCAUAGAUAAGGAUGGCAUACAUAAGUGUCCAAUUAAGACAGAGCAAAUUUUGAACAUACCCUUACCAACGGAUGUAACAGAUAAUAAACCUUUGACUCAAAUAUUUGGUCCCAAAACAGGGUUACCAGUGUUAGCAGCUGAAAGGAUGCAGAGAUGGGCUUUGUAUAUUUCAGGUUUUGAUUAUGAAAUUGUGUUUCGUAACAGUGGAGCUAAUGCGAAUGUUGAUUGCGUUUCAAGGCUGCCAAUAGGGUCAGCACCAGAGAAUGAGUUAACAGACGUUAAUGUUAAUUUAAUUGAGGCUAUGAAAACACUCCCUAGUCCUGCACGAGUGUUCAUGAGUAGACCAUUAAGGUCCAGGUUAGAUAUGCUAAGACCUAGUAUGACUGAUCCAGUUCGAGGUAAACUGCAUGAUCAAAUGCAAAAAUGUAAAUCAAAGAUUAGGACAUUUGAGGUCGAUGACAAAGUGUUUGUUCGAGAUUUUAGGGGAAGAGAACCGAAUAAGAUCAAAUGGACAACUAAGAAACUUGGUCCAUUGUGUUAUGAGGUUAAAGUGAGUGAUAAGUAG